GAGGAGGGGAGGGAGCUCCUAGCCGGCAGUAGCAAGGGCGGCUUGCUUGAGGGGGCUCUCCCGCUCCGCCACCAUCGCCGGCACCUGCGGCUGCUGCUGCAACAGGAGCGGUGGAAGCAGCAGCAGCAGGGGCCGCACCAGCAGCACCAGCAGCAGCUAAGCGGCGGCAGAGCCGGCAGUGGUGGCUGGGUGUGGUCCCCGCAGCUGUUCCUGAGGGGGGUAAUCGUCAUCGCAGCCAGCAACGCGGUCUUCACGAUGGCACGUGCGUUCUCAUUCGCAUUCGCAGGUUUUCCUCCGACGUGUCCACGGUGGAUGACUCGCUGCCCUUCAUCCUCAACAUCGCGCUGGCCAACGCCGCCUCCCUGGCGGGCCUGCUGGCGGUGCUGUGCUACAGCGCGCCGCCGCUGCUGCCGCUGCUGGUGCCCCUCGCACUGCUGUACAGGCGGCUGCAGCUGUUCUACCGGGGCAGCAGCCGGGAGGUGCGGCGGCUGGAGGCGCUGGCGCUGUCCCCCGUGUACGGCGCAUUCGGGGGGGUGGCGGAGGCGGCGCCGGUGAUCCGGGCGUUCGGUGCGCAGCGGCACUUCAUGCGACGGGCGGUGCGGGCGGUGACGCAACACCAGCGGGCGGCCAUCACAGCCGGCGCCGCCUCCGCCUGGCUUGGUCUCCGGCUGCAGCUGCUGGCCUCGCUGCUGGUGGCAGCGGUGGCGGGACUAGCAGUCUGGCAGCGCAGCGCGGGAGCGGGAGCAGGAGGGGUAGGACAGAGCAGCAGCGGUCAUGGCAGCAGCGAUGACGCUGACGACGGUUCCAACAGCGGCAGCAGUAACAGUUCUAGCGAUGGUAAUAGCAGCAGCGGUGGCGACCUGGUUGCCAGUCUGGCGGGACUGAGCCUUGCGUAUGCGCUGCCGAUGGUGGGUCUGCUGAACGGCCUGCUCACCUCCUCCGCGGAGACCGAGCAGGAGAUGGUGGCGGUGGAGCGGCUGGCGCAGUACACGGACGGCAUCGCGCCGCAGCCAGACACGUUGCCUCCGCUGGGGCUGCCGCAGCCACAGCGAUGUCAGCAGCAGCAGCAACAACAAGAGCCUCAACAACAGCAGCAGCAGCAAGCGCAACUGAUGCGUCAGGAAGUGGAAGUGGACACGGCGGAGGACGCGCACCUGCGGCCACCGCUCUCCUCGUCCGCCGCCGCCUCUUCCUCUUCCUCACAGUCCGCCACAGCUGCUGUAGCUGUCGUACCUCCUGCCGUACCUCCUGUCGUGCAGUUUGAGGGAGUGGUGGUGCGCUAUCGACCAGCUCUGCGUCCCGCGCUGUGCGGCCUGAGCCUGGCGGUGCGGGGUGGGCAGCACGUGGGGCUGUGCGGCCGCAGCGGGGCGGGCAAGAGCAGCGCAGUGGCGGCGCUGCUGAGGCUGGUGGAGACGGAGGCGGGCCGGAUCCUGUUGUACGGCAGGGACAUUCGUGCCGUACCGCUACAGCAGCUGCGUGCCUCCGUGGGUGUGCUGCCGCAAAGCCCCUUCCUGGCGAGUGCAUCCGUACGGGAGAACCUGGAUCCUGGGGGAGCAGCAGCAGCGGCGGCAGCUGCUGCAAGGUUGCUGCUGAGCAAUGCUGGCGGCAGCAACAGCCCGGCGGUGGUGACGUCAGCGACGCCGCUUGGUGACGCCGCGUUGUGCGCUGCACUUCGUCGUGUGGGGCUAUGGGACACGCUGGUGGCGGCGGCGGUGCACCGUCGGGACAAGGGCGGUCGUGGGAGUGCGGUUGGUGGCGACGCCAUUCCCAACACUGGAAUGAUUGCUGUGGGCGUGAACGCUGCACGGGCAGCGGAAACAGGUGCGAUGGGCGCGUGCCCGGUUGAUGGUCCGAGGGCCCUCGCUGCCGCCUCUCCGGAGGCUGGGACGCUACCGCCGUCGGCAGCAGCGGCAGCGGUGUCAGCGGCGGAGGUGCUUGGCUUACCGCUAGGCGGCCUGCCUGAUGCAGUGGGGCUGAGCGCCGGUCAGCAGCAGCUGCUGUGCCUGGCGCGACUGCUGCUGCGGCCGCGGCGGCUGGUGCUGUUGGACGAGUGUACGGCACACGUGGAUCCGGCCACUGCCGCUGCCAUCCGCCGAGUGGUGGCGGAGGAGUUGUUGCUCCGGCGGCAGCAGCAGCAGCAGCACCCGCCACUGCCGCUGUUGAUGGGGACUGCCGUGGGGGCUGCAGCGGGUUCGGGAGAGGCCAAGUCCCCUCCUGCUGCUGUUCCUGCUGCUGCUGCUCCUGUUGCCGCUGGUGUUCCUCCUCCUGCUGCUGCUGCUGCUGCCGUUGGACAGGCUGCUACACCUUUGCAACCUGAUCAGCAGCUGCUGCUACAGCAGUCCCCGCAGCGCAAGCAGGAACAGCGGUCCACGCCGCACAGCCCUGCAGCAGCUCCCACCUUGCACACUCCUGUCGGCAGCAGUACCCAUCACACCUCCGCCAGAAGAUCCACAGCUGCCGCUGCCGGCCCCCGGUGGGAGGGCCCAUGUGCGGUGCUGGAGGUGGCUCACGACCUCGCCGCCAUGCGGGGGUGCGAUGUGGUGCUGGUGAUGGA